UCCAGUUCAACAGUGAACAUAAACAGAUGCUUCUGAAGUAAUUAUAAACAAAGUGGUAUAAGCCUUGUACUGUUUUUGUGAACAAAUAUUUAAAAUAUUAUUUAAUUCAAUAUAAGAAUGGGUAGAAAUAACGGUUCUUCUCAUCAAAAACUGGAAAAUCAUUUGGCCUUGUUAAAGGAUGAAUAUACAAAACAGCUGUGCAGCUAUGUGGAAUUAGAGCGCAAGUAUAAUACAAUUGUAGCAACAUCAGGAAAUAAUGAAUUCUCGGAAGGACUCAACAAUUUUUUAUUACAACUGUCUUUGACGGUUGCGUCGUUCUAUGCUAAUCAUACUUAUGCUGAUAUUUACAUCCGGACGCUGGAAAAAGUAUAUCCGGCACAUAAAAUCGUUCUGCAUGCCCGGUCUGAAAAAUGGCGAGAUAUUUUGUUGGGCAAUGUACGAGAGCUAGACUGGAGUGACUUAAAUGACGAUGUUGUGACGGCUUUGUUAAAUUGGAUUUACACUGAUCAUAUUGAUUUGCAGCAUGACUGGCUAAUUAUAGAUCUUUUAAGGACUGCACAUCGAUUUGGCUUACUAUCCCUUUUAUUGCUGUGUGAACGGGCAUUAAUUCCUAAAGUGGGAGUAAGAUCCUGUAUACGAUAUUAUUGUGUUGCCGAAGAAGUAGGCGCAUCAACACUUCAAGAAUUCUGUUCCAGCAUAAUAUCAACAAAUUGGGAGGACCUGACAUCUCAAGACUUUGAACACAUGUCUGGACCUCUUAUGCUUAAAAUACUUGGAACUAAAACAAAAUACCCAUUCCAUGCUGCUGUGAGACUCCUUAGGGAUGACGUUGUACGCCUGUACAUUGAAGAAAAUUAUGAUGCAUUUCCACAACUUGCUAAUUCAUUUUCUGAAAACGGUCAAUUACCUCUUCAAAUGGCUUUAUCUGCCAAAAAUGUUAAAAUUGCUCAGACUCUGGUGAAAAUUGGAUUGGCUAACGUAAAUGCCGUUGAUAUGGAGGGGUCUACGUUGUUGAUUGCUGCUUUGAAAAAUGGUGACACCUUUUCGGCUUGCUUUCUUUUGGAACAAAACUGUCUUUUAGACAUCUCAUCUAAACCAUCAUCUGAUACUGCACUACACAUUAUUUGUAAUUACGAGGAAGAUAAGUACAGUAAAAAUAUCUCAGAAAUCUUAAACGUCGUAAAUAAGAUUUUACUAGGAAAUCCAAACGUAAACACCAAAAACAUUGAAGGAAAAACUCCUUUACAUCUAGCGAUUGCCCGACGAAAUACAGAAAUGGUUAAGCUCUUGCUUAAAGUUCCAAAUAUUGAUAUAAAUUUGCGGACUUUAGAUGAAAAGUGUGCUUUGGAACUCAGUUUGUAUAUGGGAGAUAAAGAUUUUACGUUAGCCUUAUCGCUUCUACAAAUGGGGGCACAGCCAAAUCCUAUAAAGUCAAAAACUGGAGAUAGCCUACUACAAGCGUUUGCAAUGAACGGACAUCAGGGGGAGCUUCCAGCCAUUUUUCUUGCAGACUUUGCCAAUCUUGAUCAUACUAAUUUUGGGGGGCUAACAGCAUUACAUAUUGCAGCUUUUAAAAACCUGCCAAGUCUAGUAAAGAAGUUGAUCAAUAAUGGUGCAUUGUGCAAUUUACAACAUAUUGAUAGCGGUCUAAAAUCACCUUUGCAUAUGGCAGUGGAAGCUAAUUCCAUUGAAGCAUUAGAAUCUUUCGUUCAGUUAGAAAACAAAUUAAAUGAUGUAGUUGAUUUUAAUUCCAAAGAUAUUAAUGAUGACUCUCCGUUAAGUUUAUGCUUAUCCCUUAAUAGAACUCAACUGGUACUAAUUCUAAUCCGAGGGGGCUCAGAUAUAAAUGCGAAGAACAAAUCCAAUUUUACACUAUUGCAUCAAUCAAUAAAGAAUGCAGAUAGUGAUACAUCGAUACUUCUAAUAAAUCAAGGCGCAGAUUUUACAGCUGUUACAGAUGAUCAGAAUUCAUCGUUGGAUUUAUCGAUUAAAUAUAAUCUACCUAGAGUCGUUGAUGUGCUUUGUGGAAAAGGAAUUGCAUUGAAUUCUAAUAAAAAGGGAGUUUCACCAUUAUGGGCUGCUUUGGAUCUAGGGCACCAUGGCGUGGCACAAAUACUUGUGCGCCACGGUGUUGACACUAAUUGUUGGCACAAAGGACCCGGGGGAUGUCGACAAACUCUUUUACAUCGUGCCAUUGAUGAAAGCAAAGAAUCGAUUGCUAUUUUUCUUAUUCAAAGUCAAUGCGACUUAGACUCUGCUCGUCAGUCAAGCCCCAACAAAGAAUGUGGAUAUGUACAGGACAAGGCAUCACCUUUACAUUUAUGUUGUCAUUGGGGCUCAACCAAAGUUCUGCAGACUCUAAUUGAUCAUGGUGCUAAUGUAAACGUUAUUAAUGCUGAAUACCAGUCCCCACUUCAUGUAGCUAUAGAAAACCAGCAUGAAGAGCUAAUUUCUAUUCUUCUUUGUCACCCUGUUAUAGACCUGAAACUACGUGAUAGGUCCGGAAAUACACCUUUUGCAGCAGCUUUGGGCAUCCGAGAUCACAAGGCAGCCCAAAGCAUUUUAGACAGAUUUCCUACAGCAGCUGAGCAAAUGGACCAGAGAGGGCGAAACUUUUUACAUAUAGCAAUUUUAAAAGGUGAUUUAGAAAGUGUUUUAUUUUUGUUGGCUAUUCAAGUAGAUGUAAACUCUCGAGUACAAGACGUCAAUCAGUCUAUGCCCCUACACCUGGCAGCUGCAUCACAUAAUGAAAUGAUUACGAGAAAUUUGAUUUUAGCUGGUGCCCGUAUAAAUGAAUGGGAUGCUCUUCGAAAAUUGCCUUUGCAUAUCGCCAUUGAAUGCGGAAAUAUUUCUGCAGUCUCAGCGCUAAUACAAAAUAGUGCCGACUAUGAUGCACCAGAUGCUGACGGUAACAAUUCGUUGCACAUUGCUGUAAAAUGCGGUCAAUAUUUUAUUGUACGUGAACUAUUAACAGAAUCAAGAGUAAACGCAGAAGCCACAAACUUAAAAGGUCGAAAUCCUCUACAUGAAUUAUGUCGCGUUCUUGAAGAUAAUACAGCUGCACUUAUUUGCGAAUUAUUUCUUGAGUGUAUGCCAAAGUAUCCUAUAAACAUUUCUGAUAUGGAUGGUAACACUCCGCUACUGCUUUCCUUUAUGAGAGGACAAUCGCCGCUUUGCAAAAUACUUGUAAAGGCAGGAGCGUGCCUUGGUUCUGAAAAUAAAGAAGGAGUAAAUAUUUUUAAUUUCAAGUUGGCAACGGAUCAGUUAUUGCAUAAAUUAUUGGACCAAUUGUCACAAGAAUCGCCUUGGUCAGAGAGUGACCUUUGCCAGGAGUGUAGAACUAGAUUUACAAUUACGAUGAGGAAACAUCAUUGUCGGCAUUGUGGACGGGUUCUUUGCUCUAAAUGUUCAAGUAACGAUGUGCCCAUUUUAAAAUUCGGCAUCAACAAACCUGUCAGAGUAUGUACCGUUUGCUUUAAUGUGCUGCAAUGCGGAAAUGGAUCACAUUUUUAAAUUGUUUAAUACAAAGUAAUAUAAAUAAAUAAUCUAGUGAACAAACCA